CUCACUUCACCGCCAGAUGGCACUGUUUAUAAACGGGUUUGCCGAAGACACCUUAAAAAUGCAGUGUCCAGUCUGUCUUGCUUUCUGUUGAAUGAGAAACUACAGUAUAAGACUGAAACGGGCCACAACGUUUUAAAAACAAACUAAAAUUAACAAAGCGGCGUGUUGAUUAUUGUGCAUGCCCUUGGCUACAUCACGUGUUGAAACCUGGAACUGGUAGUAGGCUACACACAACCCGCUUUCUUUCUUUCGGAUGGCGUAGUAUGAGCUGCAUUGUCCAGCCCAGGUUUAACGCCCCCAAACGGAAGACGCCAAACUUUGUGUUUCUAUACCGUAGUACGUAGAGAACACGCAAGUCGUUUGAAAGCGACAUUCAUAAAACACACUUUCUUCACUAAGUUCUGUAUAGAAUGGAUACUGAAAACAUCGAAUUGAACGGCGUCGCUGGCCCGGGUUCUGCAGACAGCGAGUCCUCUGCCUAUCGCAGCAGCAGGAGAAAUGCUCCGAUCAACAUGAAUCACUACGCCAACAAGAAGAGUGUUGCAGAGAGCAUGCUGGACAUUGCGCUGCUCAUGGCCAAUGCCUCCCAGCUGAAAGCCGUGGUGGAGCAGGGGCCCUCCUUCAGCUUCUACGUUCCGAUCGUGGUCCUCAUCAGCAUAUCCCUCGUACUGCAGGUCAUUGUCGGGGUGCUUCUAAUAUUCAUCGUAAAGUACGACCUGAAUGAUGAAAAUAGGCAACCCCGACUGAACCUUCUCAAUAAUAUUGCGACCGGCCUGGUAUUUAUUAUUGUGGUUGUGAAUAUCUUCAUCACAGCGUUUGGAGUUCAGAAACCUGACCUAAAAAACCUGAAGCAAUAGACUGGAAACCGCGAACCUGCUGGUCAUUUUCAAAGCACUCCCUGACCUCUUCAUUCAGCAACCAUGGUCUACAGAGACUACAGCACAACAGGCUCUGCGAAGAGGUUUGGGUUACGAAGGAAACGGAACACGGAACACAGCACUGCCUUUUUUUCAACCCAAAAGCCUCCUUUACAGGGUCUUUGGACUUUUAGACCCCAUUGAAAUCCACCAAGUUACAGCAACAUGCUUUGUAAAGUAAUUGUUUCACAAAACCCUGUUUUUACCAUAUCAGGGGAAGACAUAUUGUAAUACAUUUUUAAUUGCUGUAAUGUGAUUUAGUGUGAUUAUUCUAUAUCGUUAAUUUUGUAAAGUGUCUGGAAAGAGCCUCUGCUACCCCUCCCUCCUCAUCCACAUCUUUUUUUUUUUUUUUUUUUUUUAGGUCAGUAUUUUAUAGGAGUAAUUUUAUAGAUCAUUUGUAUAGUCUUCAUUCAAAUUGGAAAAAAAAAGGCAUGUAGAAAACCAAACAGUAUUUUCUUAAAACGCUAAAGGUGUUAUUAGUAGUAUAAAGUCUGACUGCAAUGCAUAGGUAGUGGGGUCUACAGCAUUAUCCAAACAAAGCACUUACUGGCACUGUGCUGAGGUGAUCCAGUAUCCUAAUCUAAACUGGGUGUUUAGUGGGGGAAUGGAUUUUUUAUUAGGAACUUUAUAGGAUUCAUCAGCAUCAAUUUCAGCUUCAUCAAAUAGACCUUCAUCAAUGGCUGUUUUAUCAUUUCGUUCCAUCAGGAGCCCAGAUCAUGGUGACAACAUUUCAGUUUCUGUUGUGAGUUUACAGAGGUAGUCCUGGGGGGGUUGUUUUGGAACAAGGGCUCCCUCUAGGGUCUCGACCGUUAAACUGCUGCUUCAUAUAAUCAGUUUUUUACAAAAUAAUGCACAUGCCUUAAUAAAGCUUUUUAUACUAAUUGUUUUGUAUUUCCUACACCUUUUUUUUUUAAGCAAUCCCUUGCUUUCCCUUGCUAAUACUGUAGAUCUGUACACAAAGUGAAUAGCAAUAUCACUGUAAUUGUUAAUUUUGUACAAUUUAGAUU